GGCGUUCGUGCAAAGCCGUAUCGCCGAAUGCGAACGAGUCGGCUUCAACUUCAAUUCACUGCUCAGUCGCUCAGUCGUUCCGUAGCUCAUGACUAGUGAUAACAGACAACACUGGGAAGCCCACAACAGUGAGAACACCGCAACACACUAUUUUCUUCUUGCGAUCGCGCUAUCAAAUCUCGCAAAUAUUCUAUCAGAAAUCCCUUUGAAUAUGUAUUUCAAAAGAGAAAAUAUAAAUUAGGAAGAAAAUCGGUUCAAAUUAUUUGCUGGCAACCCGACGUGACUAAGAGCUAACCUUCAUGAAUUCACAGUGUGUGUUUUGACAGUGCACAUGUUGGGUAGGCUUUAGGGACAGCUAAUUAGAGUGCUAUCUCAAUUUUGCAUCACCAUUCAUUCGAGAACUUGGCAAGCACGGUCUUCCUCGGACAGAUUCAUCCACUGGGUUCCAUCACUGCUUGGCAGAUUUGCCAUACUGAGAGCUAUGGAUGAAGACUCCGGGAAGUUUCAUGCAUCAGUGCAUAGAGAUGAAUUGGGGCGUAUCAUUUUCAGAAGAUGAGAAUUACAAUUCUCAUGCAAAAUGUGUACAUCAAGACAUCUGGAAUCUUCUCCUGCAAUGGGCAAAACCAUUGUACAGAUGUCGAGAAAACUCUGGUUACUGAUGAUAAUUGGGGCCUGCCUGAUAGUAGCUCAGUACCAGCUUGCUAGCGUCUGGCUGGUGACGGCUCCUUCUACAAUCUCGUAUGAACACCAAUCGGCUCCAGUCACUUCCGCCAGCGUGCAGGCGAUUGUCAACAAACUCCAACUCGAUACAUCGAUUGUUAACACUGUUGGCGAGAAGGUGCUCAGAGAGAUAGCACUGCAAAUGGGCCAACAAAUGCUCGAAGUAUGUGAGGUACCACCUCUCAGCCACAGACACUCCUCAAAACCAUCCGUUCAGAGUAAUGCCUUCCAGUUUCUGCCUCCUCUGUACAUAAUCACGCCAACCUACCGCCGUCCGGAGCAAGUACCUGAACUCACAAGGUUGGCCCAAACACUUAUGCAUGUCCCCAAUCUUCAUUGGUUGGUGAUAGAGGAUGCACACAAUCAGACUACUCAGGUCACUGAGCUACUACAAAGAACGGGCAUCCGAUUUGAGCAUCUCGUCGCACCAAUGCCUGAAUCAUACAAGAAAAAGAAGGGCUCAAAGCCCAGAGGAGUUUCAAACCGCAAUAAAGGAUUGCAAUGGCUGCGAGCCAAUGCAACAGAUGGAGUCUUCUACUUCGCUGAUGAUGACAACACAUAUGAUAUUGCACUUUUUAGCGAGAUGAGGUUCACAAGAAAAGUGUCGAUGUGGCCCGUGGGAUUAUGUACUAAAUUUGGCAUCAGCACACCGGUCAUCCACAAUGGCACAUUUUUCGGCUUCUAUGACGGCUGGAUGGCUGGCCGUAAGUUUCCAGUCGACAUGGCAAGCUUUGCAGUUAGCGUACAGUUUCUUCACGAGAGGCCGGACGCUAUCAUGCCUUUCAAGCCUGGUUUUGAAGAGGAUGGCUUCUUGAGAAGUUUAUCACCAUUUGAUCCGAAAGACAUAGAGUUCAAGGCAGAAAAUUGUACAAAGAUAUUGGUUUGGCACACCCAAACGAAAAAGAACGAGCCUGCUGCUAAGUUGGAUAUUGCAAAAUAUAAUAACACGAAUCUGGUCAAGUUGAGGAGCCUUAUAGUUUGACCUCAGCAUCAUCCAAAGGACUUGACCUUUCAUAACGGAGUGACCAGCUUUUAAAAUCAAAAUGUAAUUUAUGUAUUUAUACAUUUAAUUGAACUAGGUUAAGGAGUGACUGUGACAAUCUUAAAGACAUUAUUUCUUAAAAUUUAUAUUUGAUUGCAAUCGUCGUUGUAAAUUUGUAACUCAAACAAUAAUGUUGUUGGAGCGUUAAUAUGGCUUUUAAUGGAGAGUUCGAACAUCCAUUUUUCGCAGAUCUUCAUACUCUAAGACUUCUUAUCCUGUCGUUUUGAUUUUAGUGUAAGUUUUUCAGCAGUUAUUCACUAAAGCUUUAUCUUUCUGUCCUCUUUAGCCUAUGAUAUGGAUCGCACCUUGUAGUCCAAAUAAUUUGCUUUUGUAGUCUAGUCUGUGUCUUCCUCUGCUAUUUUACUGUGAUUUCUCAUUGAAUAUUAUUGGUUCGAUAUUGAUUUAUUUCAAUUAUAUUAGAGAAUUGUGAGCCCUGGCCUUUCACCACAACUGUUUUGAAGGUGUAGAAUUCUUGUUAUUCUGCUUCUCGCAUCUGAAACCUACUUUUCUAAUCUGUCCUAUGUUCUUCAAUGUUGUUUUCCAUCACAAACUGCUUAUUAUUAAAUCACUUUUUGCUAUUAAAAAGAACGACUAGCAGUCAGAAUUUUUUUGAAUAAAUGAAUCACUCACUUUGACAACGAGAUCUUUCAGCAGGUCCACCAUCUUCAUUUAAUCUUCAUCUUCGUCUGUUCUAUAUGUCUAUUUUCAGGCAGUAUGCUAGAGAGAAAGGAUUAUAAUAUAUUAUAAAAUUAUUUUAAUUUUAAUAUAUUGACUAAUUAUUUGACUGCAUGUCGUUUGAAAUAUUCUACAUAGAAAAAAGUGUGUUAUAAUAUAUUAUCAGAAAGUGAUAACUUCAUCUCCACUCCUUUUUGAUCGCUGUCUAAGUUUGCCUUUUCAAUGCUUCUAAGGGGCUAGGGUUCAAAACUAUGAUGUAGCAGGACUGAAUAUUAUAACGUCUUCAUUGUUUUACUGAUUGAUAAAGUAUCACAUUAGACUCCUUUGAUUUUCCAUUCCUGUGGUUUUUAUUUCUUAAAUUUAUAUUUUAAAAUGUAUCCUUACUGGAGCUUACUACUAUAACACCAAGCUGAACUACCAACUCAUUUAUUAGGACCUUAAAAGAUAAAAACAUAGGCUACUUCGGCCAAAUCGUUAGAUGCACUUUUUGGUACUUCUUCAACUCAAACUCUUAAAUUUUCUCACAUAAUUCACAAGUAGACAAAAAUUUAUAAUACCGUAUAUAUUCAAAAACAAUCAAAUUGUGAUGGUGCUAAAAUAGGUAAAUGAGUAGACCUACAAUAAGAUUAAAAUUUUCUAAAUUUUCUCCUAUCAGAAAAUUGCACAUUCUUCAUUAAAAUUCAUUCCUCAAAAAACUAUCUAGCAAUCUUAGAUACUUAUUAUUUAGACUAUAGUUCGUUCAUGUAAUAAUUGGCUACCUGCUACCACUAUCUAGUAUGUAUGCCUAUUCUAUACCUGUAUAGGCCUACUCAAUUGAAAAAUCCACUUCAGAAUCAUUAUUUUAAUAAAUAACAUUUCAUAAUGACUGAUUUCGUCAGAUUAUGGUAACAAGUGAUGAAGUAAUGUAGAAUCAGUGAGCUUUGAAUGAUGCACUCUUGGUGAGAAAGAGUAAAGGUGGAAUAAUUUUUGCGUCCUUAGUCCCAGAAUAAUUUUUAUUAAAUAUUAUAAUCCGAUCUAUUUAGUUUAUUCUAUAGCGUGUGAAUUCUAGCUAUUUCAAAUGAAGAGGGGUAGUUUAUUCACAAAAGAAUACACAUUUUAAUAUGUAUUAAUAAUUAAUGUUUGAUUCUCACUUUUCAAUGGUGUCUCCUACUUUAUAAAUAAUAGUUAUGUAUCCAACACUUCGACCUGACUAUAAAUAUAUCUGAGGAAAAAUUAUUAUUUUGGACUUUAUCCUUCUCUUGUUGACUCUAAUAUUCUUUUCCUUCACAGCUGAGACUAGUCCUCUUGUGUUGAACCUAUUGCUUGACUUUAGCUUUUGUUGUUCUUUUCUUCUUCUUAUUUUUGCUAAUAACUGUGCUAAAUUUCUCUUAAAUUGAUAAUUGAUACCUGAAACCAUGUUUCUGUUGUAACCUGAUGUGUUAAGUGAUGUGAUUCAUCUAUUGCUUGAUAGACUUUAGAUGCUUUUGUUGUUCUUUUCUUCUACUUAUUCUUGUUAAUAACUGUGCUGAAUUUCUCUUAAAUUAAUAGUUAAUACAGUACCUGAACCCAUGCUUCUGUUGAAACCUGAUGUGAUAGUUGAUGUGCUUCAUAGAUUGUGUCUGCACUCUUAUUGAUUGGUGCAUCUUUGUCCCGAGAUUAUUCAACACCUUUCACGAUAUUCUUCAUUUUUGGAUUUGUAAGAAACCAAUCAAAAACGUUAUCAACAUAAUUGUUUUUCCAUCGAAUUUCCAAAUGUUAGAAACCAUCACAGAUCAUACGUUUAUUAACUCAUUUCAUUAACAGAUCAACGAGCAUGUAGUCGGUUAAGUGAGUGGACAUUGUUGUCCAAACUUCGCCAUUUCAUCAAAUAAAAAAAUCAUUCUGUAAUAAAGACAAAUUUGAAUCAAACUGGUCAUUAUUCUCUUAUUUUCGAAGCAGAACAAUGCAAUUUUUCCGGGCUACAUAUUCACUCCAGAUUUUCAACUUUUACUGCCUCUAUUUUUGAAUUCUCAUUUUGUUCUAUUUCUGUCAAACGGAAAGUUUUGUGUCAAUGUGAUCUAAUAAUGAAAAUUACAAUAAUUUAUUGUUAUGUAUUAUGAGCUCCAGUUCCUUGUAAAUCAUCUCAUCUCAUAUUCUGUUUUAAUCUUUAGCCAUAUUUUGUCAGAUUGCAUUGUAAUAUAUUCCUGUACAAUCAUAUUGUAGGCCUACACUGAAAUACAGUAUGAGAAUAUUCAAAAUACCAAAUUAGCAGAUUAUGAGGUUGAUAAUACUCAAAAACUUCUACAUUGAUUCUAUUGCACUCAUACAUAUCAUUCAAAUGUUCAGCUUUGUUGACAUUUAUACAAGCAUUAUUAUAAUCCCCCGUUUGCAAGAAUCACUGUUUCUGCUUAAUUUGUUUAUACAUAGCUCCAGUAAAAUUCAGAGAGAAUAAAAUGUAAAUAACAUUUUAUACUCUCUGAUAAAACUAAGAAGUCUGUGAUUCGUCGAAUUACAAGAAUUAAUUUUUUUGGAAAACAAUAAAAAGGUAUCUACAAUGAAUUGAGGGCAUUAUUUUAUAUUAUAAUAGAUUUUCGUUUAUUAUUUAUAUUAUGUUACAUUUAUUUCUUGAAUAAUGACACUCUCCCACAUACAUUUAACAUAGAGGGUGCGGAAUAAUAAUCAAUAUGAUCAUUAUCCAACACCUCCCUGCAACCUUUAUGUAAGCUGAAUACUUCUUCAUUAUUCCGAAUGAUUCAUCAAUAGAUAACAAAUCUCUAGGUGAAUAAUGUGAGCUCUCACAUGCACUUUAUAAUGAAUGCUUCAUAAUAACAGAUAUUCAUGCAGCGUUAUUAACAGUUGAUUCAAUUUCCUUUGCAUUACUAUUGAUUAUAAACCAAGCAUAUCUAGCCAUUAUUUUGCUUAUUUGUUAAAUCCAUUAUUAAUAGGUCUAGGCAUUUUCAAAUUACAUAGCUUACCAAUGUACAGUUGAUUAUUCAAUAAUUUAGUAUUAAGCUCAUAUUAAAGUAAUUAUUUGAUUACCAAAUCAUAUUAGGAUAGUUAUUGUUUUCUACAUCAUUUAUCUCAUGCUUUAUUGUUACAACCAUACAAUAUUCAAGGUUCUGGAGUACAUGACUUACUUGUUCCUGUGUAAAUUAUUCCAAAUAAGCUUAAUUAUAAUGUUAUGUGACUGUCCACCUAAUCAAUGCAUAUCAAAAGUUUUAGAUUUAGGGUUAUUUAAUUUUAAGUUUUGAAACGGGCUGUUGAUGAGUUAAUUCUCAUUUAAUUUGUGGCUUAAGAAAGGAUUAGCUUGUAUUCAUCCCAUUCUAUUGUAAAUACAUAUAAAUAAUUAUGAGGAUGAAUGAAUGGAGUUGAACAUUUAUUUUUAAAAGUAUUUUCAACUCUGGAAUAGAUUGGAAGAUCAUCUUCUAUUCUAGCUAUCUUUAUUGUAGUCUAUGCACAUCCAUGUAUUAAUUUUUUUGAAUGAAUACUGAUUUAAGCUUAUUGAACAUGUUAUCUUCAUUUUAAUAAUGUGAUAUCUAAAAUAAGAAUUGUCUGAAUUGCACAUUUAAAAAGUUAUUUUAUUGAUGAAAUUCAAAUCAAUAAUUUAGUGAUACAAUUUAAAGCUUGUGCCUGAUAGUUGAGAGUAAAAAAAUCUUGAUUGCACUUUAUAAUGUAUUAUAUUUUUGAAAUUUACGAUACUUAUUUUCAGUAAAAUAAUUUAUAAUUGUAACGAAUUCCUUAGGUAAGAUAUUAUCAGUGGAUUGCCUGUUGAGCAAUUAAUUUGUAAAGCGUUGAUGGUUAUGUAAACUGUGUUAUGUUCAUUAUGUUCAUAUGUGAAUUGUAUCUACCUUUCAUAUGCUAAGAAAUAAAUAAACUAUCAUUUUCCCGACA